AUUCACACAGGUGAGAAGCCUUAUGAAUGCAAACAGUGUGGAAAGUCCUUUAACCAAGCUGGAAAUUUGCGGACACAUCAAUUAAUUCACACAGGUGAGAAGCCUUAUCACUGCAAACAGUGUGGAAAAGCUUUCAACCGGGUAGAACAUUUGAANAUGACUGACAAAAGAACUGGUAUGAUGUCAAAAGUAAAGAAACAUGAACCAGUACACCCAAGGGAAAAGACUUAUGAAUGCAAACAGUGUGGAAAGUGUUUCAACCAAGUAAGAAGUUUGAAGAAUCAUGUAAGAGUCCAGACUGGUGAGAAUCCUUACGAGUGCAAACAUUGUGGAAAGUCCUUUAACCAAGCUGGAACUAUGUGGAGACAUCAAUUCGUUCACACAGGUGAGAAGCCUUAUGAAUGCAAACAAUGUGGAAAGUGUUUCAAGGAUGUAAAAAGCCUGCAGACACAUAAAUUAGUUCACACAGGUGAAAAGCCUAAUGAAUCCAAACAGUGUGGAAAGUCCUUUAACCAAGCUAGAACUUUGCGGACACAUCAAUUAAUUCACACAGGUGAGAAGCCUUCUGAAUGCAAACAGUGUGGAAAGUCCUUUAACCACGCUGGAAAUUUGCAGAGACAUCAAUUAAUUCACACAGGUGAGAAGCCUUAUGAAUGCAAACAGUGUGGAAAGUCCUUUAACCAAGCUGGAACUUUGUGGAGACAUCAAUUAAUUCACACAGGUGAGAAGCCUUAUGAAUGCAAACAGUGUGGAAAGUCCUUUAACCAAGCUGGAAAUUUGCGGACACAUCAAUUAAUUCACACAGGUGAGAAGCCUUAUCACUGCAAACAGUGUGGAAAAGCUUUCAACCGGGUAGAACAUUUGAAGAAACAUUUAAGAGUCCACACUGGUGAAAAGCCUUAUGAAUGCAAAAAGUGUGGAAAGUGUUUCAACAAAACAACAAAUUUGAAGAAUCAUGUAAGAGUCCACACUGGUGAAAAGCCUUAUGUAUGCAAAAAGUGUGGAAAGUGUUUCAAGCAAGCAGCACAUUUGAAGAAUCAUGUAAGAGUUCACACUGGUGAAAAACCUUACGAAUGCAAACAGUGUGGAAAGUGUUUCAACCAAGCAGCAACUUUGAAGAAUCAUGUAAGAGUCCAUACAGGUGAAGAGCCUUUUGAAUGCAAACAUUGUGGAAAGUCCUUUAACCAAGCUGGAACUUUGCGGAGACAUCAGUUAGUUCACACAGGUGAGAAGCCUUAUCACUGCAAACAGUGUGGAAAAGCUUUCAACCGGGUAGAACAUUUGAAGAAACAUUUAAGAGUCCACACUGGUGAAAAGCCUUAUGAAUGCAAACAGUGUGGAAAGUGUUUCAAGGGAGGAGAAAGUUUGAGGAAUCAUGUAAAAGUGAAGGGUUCUAAUUGUGAUAUUACAAGUAAUACAUCUACAGCAACAUCCAACUUUCAAGAACCUGAGCUAUGUCAUGUGGAAUGCUGGAUUUGUCAAGAGGAAUUAUGUAGUCACACCCAACUUUUGAAACACUAUGAUAAUAGUAUGAUGUCAAAACUAAGGAAACAAAAACCAGUACACCCAAGGGAGAAGCCUUACGAAUGCAGACAGUGUGGAAAGUUUUUCAACCAAGCAGUACAUUUGAAGAAUCAUGUAAGAGUCCAUACGGGUGGAAAGCCUAAUGAAUGCAAACAAUGUGGAAAGUGUUUCAACCAAGUAGGAAGUUUGAAGAAUCAUGUAAGAGUCCACACUGGUGAGAAGUAUUAUGAAUGCAAACAUUGUGGAAAGUCUUUUAACCGAGCUGGAAAUUUGCGGACACAUCAAUUAAUUCACACAGGUGGGAAGCCUUAUAAGUGCAAACAUUGUGGAAAGUCCUUUAACCAAGCUGGAAAUUUGCGGAGACAUCAAUUAGUUCACGCAGGUGAGAAGCCUUAUCACUGGAAACGGUGUGGAAAAGCUUUAAACCGGGUAGAACAUUUGAAGAAACAUUUAAGAGUCCACACUGGUGAAAAGCCUUAUGAGUGCAAACAGUGUGGAAAAGCUUUCCACCAAGUGGGAAAUUUGAAGAAACAUGUAAGAGUCCACACUGGUGAGAAGCCUUAUGUAUGCAAACAGUGUGGAAAGUGGUUCAAGCAAGCAGCACAUUUGAAGAAUCAUUUAACAGUCCAUACUGGUGAAAAGCCUUAUAAAUGCAAACAGUGUGGAAAGUGUUUCAAGGAUGUAAAAAGUUUGCAGGCACAUAAAUUAGUUCACACAAGUGAGAAGCCUUAUGAAUGCAAACAGUGUGGCAAGUCCUUUAAGCAAGCUGGAACUUUGCAAAGACAUCAAUUAGUUCACACAGGUGUGAAGCCAUAUGAAUGCAAACAGUGUGGAAAGUGGUUGAAGCUAGCAGAACAUUCAAAGAAUCACUUAAGACUCCACACUAGAGGGAAGCCUUAUGAUUACAAACAGUGUGGAAAAUGUUUCAAGCAAGCUGAAAGUUUAAGGAAUCAUGUAAAAGUGCACUCAAGUGAGAAGCUUUGUGAUUGCAAACAGUUUGUGAAGUGUUUUUGCCAGGAGGGACAUUUAGUGACACUUGAGAAAGGCUCCACAGAUGAGAUGCUGUUCAGUUACACACAACGUGAGAAGAAUUAUUGUAGCCUUGAUAUAACCAUAGCUGAAAACUGCAGCGUUCAACCAGUUGUGACGGGUUCUAAUCGUGACAUUAAGAGUAAUUCCUCUACAGCAACGUCCAACUUUCAAGAACCUGAGCUAUGUCAUGUGGAAUGCUGGAUUUGUCAAGAGGAAUUAUGUAGUCACACCCAACUUUUGAAACACUAUGAUAAUCAUAUUAAAUAGAACAUUUUAGUUCAGUGUUAUUUUCUGUAAUCACUGUGAAACCCUGUUUAACAGCAAUAUCCGGUUCCCUAAAUCUGAUUGUGGUUAUGGAAUUUAACGGAAAGGACAAGUUGAGCAAAUGCU